GCAGAAGCAAAUGCAUUAAUUGUUGAGGAGAGAGCUUUGUCAAAAAUGAAAGAAAUAAUGGGCAGAGAGCCCGAACACUUUAAUAUUGCUGCUUCUUACAAAAUUAAAUUUCCUCCUUCGCUAGGAGAACGAGACUCAGUGACUAAACUAGACAACAAUGCUCUUUUUUAUGGAGCACCUCGCACCGGUAAAUCAGUAAUGGCUGAGAAACUGGCUUAUGAGGCUGAUAUGUAUCCCUUAGUAGUAAUUCAGGGUUCCAGUCUAACACCAAAGGAUUUAGACUACAAGGCUGGAAUUGAUCCAUUAGGAAAGUUUGUCUUUACACUUUGUGAUAUUGAUUAUACUCUUACUGAUGAUUUUAACUUUAAACGAGAAGAAAACGGAGAAGUUCGCUAUAUUUUGUUCAUUGAUGAGGCCAAUCAGAUAACUACUAGCACCUUAAUUUCUAAGUCUACUCAACUAACUUUCUUAAAAGAGUGUAUGGGUAGUGAUAAUAGAAUAAAUGAAAGUCAAAAUCUAUGA